AUGAGCUGUUCCAUAUGCUCACGUGUCCCUCAUUCCCGCCUUUCUUUCCACUGUCCGACAUGUGCCCGCAAUGAGCUAUAUCAACUACGAAUCGACAGCACCCAAGUUCUUCUAGAGAAAGAAGUCCUUGGAAAGCAAAUUGAGGUCGCUGUUACCUGUGAUAGCUCCUGUGAUUUGUCUUCCCCGCACGAACAAGACCUGCUCGAUACGGAUAAACCUUGCUCUCCCCGCUGGGUCCUCCAAACGAUAAGCACUCGACAUGCAGUGUCUUUGGCAAAGAGAGAAUUGGUUUCACACCAGCUUGAGGCUUUGAAAUCAGAGGUAGAAGCCAAGAAAGCCGAGAUUGCCAAACGAAAAGAAGCCUUAGCACGCAGACGCUCUGAUGCCGAAUCUGCCAAAUUUCAACUUGAAGAGCGGGAAGCUGGAAUUCUGGCGGGCGUUCAAAAUACCAGCAAACGGGUGGAACACGUUUGGCAUUCCCUCCAUAGCAAGACGGCAGAGUCACGUAUCUAUCUUUGUCGAGAAGUCGCCAAUCUCUAUGGCCUGCGGAAGGUUACGAAAAAGAACCAAAAUCGGGAGACAUAUAUGCUUGGAAGUGGUCUUAUCGUUGAUUUGAGGGAUAUGAAUGGCAAGUUUUCACCGUCGCUUCCAAACAGUAUACCACAAGAACAGAUAUCCUCCUCUUUUUCUAACAUCGCUCAUCUUCUGGUCAUUGUGUCGCACUAUCUCUCCUUGAGACUUCCCGCCGAAAUUACAUUGCCUCACAAAAACUAUCCCGUGCCUACAAUCUACAAUCCCUCGGCAUCAUAUCGUUCGCGCGACGGUCAAGACGGAGCUGAUCACCAGUCUUCGUCAAGUCCAGCCGCAUCAAGGACAGUGGACUCGCGCACCCAUACACCACACCCGCGGCCUCUCUUCAUUGAUAAGCCUCUAGCCCGACUAGCGAAGGAGGACCCCGCAACAUACGCCUUCUUUCUUGAAGGAGCCACUCUCUUGGCGUGGAAUGUUGCAUGGUUAUGUCGAACCCAAGGGAUAAACCUCUCAUCGGACUCUUGGGAGGAAGUCUGCGAUAUUGGAAAGAGCUUAUGGCAACUGCUGGUUGCUCCGCCAGCCCAUCCUUCAACUCUAAUGCGAGCUUUUGCCGGCCGAGACACACAGACACAGAUGAAAUCUGCCAAAGAUUCACCCAAAACAACAAUUCAGCGGACCACUUCUUUUCCAAUGUUGGGUCACUAUUCUCAUGGCACGGCACAUUCGUUCUUGGGGGCAUCGGAAGGAGUUGAAUUCAUGCGAAUAUGGAAACUCCCAACUCCAACCAAGAUUGUGGAUAAAUUGAAGUCCAAUCUUCAAGGGGAAAUGGCCAGUGCGGAGUGGGAAUUGCUAGAAGAAAAAGAAUGGGAUGAUGCGGUCAUGGAUUCACCUGAGCCAUCUGUUCCGCAAACCCCCAAGGGCAUUGUCUCGGGCUCUCAAUCCUCGAGGGUAGAAACGGACACAGACAGCAGAGCUACAAGUUCAAAAACACGUUCUGGGAGGACUCAAGGCGAUGCUUCCCGACCUAAAGGUACUAAAGGUUGGACUAAGGUGGGCAACAGGUAG